CGAGAUCAUUAAGCAAAAUCUCUUUUAUCGCGCUUUAGUUAUAAAAAACGACAAAAGAUAACCAUCGCCACAGAUAACUCGUAGAUAGAUAUCUUGAACCAGAAGAAACUCAGAUCUCAUGAUGCCAAUGGACUCAUCUAAGGAUGGUGUGUUCCAGUCCAUUAGUCUAGCGUCGACUGUUCACGAAAAGCGCCAUGGAAAAGACGUUCCACAAUCAGCCAUACCAGAAUCUACAUCGGAUGAAGAUGAGGAGGAAGAAGAAGAAGAAGAAGAAGAGGAAGAGGAGGAGGAAGAGGAAGAAGAAGACAAUCAUGAACCAGCAGAGUUUCUUUCAUCAGGCUCAAUGCAAAAUGCUGGUAUAUUUGGCAAUGGGUCCAAAGGAGACCUUCAAAGUAAUAAUAAUACUUUACAAUCUACUCCCAACAUUCCCGACCAAGAUUUCUUUUCCAAUCCCUCAAGAAUAUUUACCAACGACCAAGAACCUUUGAAUGGAAGAGGCAUGAAUGAUGAUGCUUUAUAUCAUUCCAACUUUUCUGUUCACAACUCAAUGAAUAAUUCGUUUCACGGUAAUUCAGUUUUUUUUAAUCAAGCUUCAACUCCAACUCAUACCAAUGAAAGCGCCUUAGAGUACUUGAGAAAUCAGAAUGAAGGAUUAAAAAAUGAGUUACAAAAAAACGUUACUAAACAUGAACUUUAUCUCCAAAAUGGUAGUAGCAAACUAGAUAGAAUAAGAAGUAUGCUACAGCAAAAUUUUGAACAACUUUCAGAGAAUAAUUACUCAUUGAAGGAAUUGUAUGAACGUGAUAUCACUUCCACUGAAGAACUUUUUGAUAAGUUUGAACGCUGGGACCACAGGAGAAGCAAAGUUUUAGAUAAAAUAAGGUCAAUUAAAAGCGAUGAUAAUAAGCAUGGCAAGAAGUUGAAUCACCUUCUCAAUGAAUCAGACAUGAUUGACGAGGAGAUUUAUCAGUUAGAAGAGUCUUUAAUAAAAUUGAAAAAUAAGAAGAAGCUACUAAACCUAGAAAUACGAGAAACCAGCUCUGUACUAGAGAGUAGAUCAUCUAAAUACGUCAGCCUUUUCAAAGAUUUAGAUAAACAGGGCCUAGAAGCCAUCAUGAAUUUUUUACAACUGAGUGGAUUACCUGAAAAAGAACUAGACGUGAUAAUACGAAGGGCCCCAGUCAAUGUAAGAUUCAAUAAGAAUUCGGGUCCAAAACAGUCAACAAAACUAUCUACAUCAUUAGAAGCAAUGGGCCAUAAAGAAACUGAACCUUUACGAGAGCAGAAUCAGAAACUUCCUAAAAAUAAAAGCCCAAUAAUCAACCAAGACGCCCUCACUUCUAGUAAAAUGGGGGCCCAGCCCUUUUUAAUACCCGAAGAUGAUCACCUAGCGACAAAAGUCGAUCAAUCUUCUUUGAAUCAUGACAAGGGACCAACCCCUUACGAGCGAGGGUUUGCUAAAGGUUCGGAAAAAUCACACUUUGUUAAAAGCCAAUUGAAUAAUCUAAUGAAAAACUUCGUUAGUAAGAAAACAGAACAGGAAGACAUUCUAACACGAGAGAAUCUAAACAAAAUCGAAAUAAAUGAUGCUGAAAACACAGUUAGUGAGAAAAUAGACAUAGAACCAGUCAUAAAUCUUCUUAGUCUCAAGAUAGAAGCUUUGGAGGAUUUUGUUAGAUCAACUUCAAAAAGCGCUGCUGGCUUCUAUACCUUUGGUUUAAUAUGGAAAGAUGCAGUAGAUAUAAUUAAACAUGAAGAAUCUCAAAUGUCCAAUCGCAUUUCCAACUCAGUUGACUCCAGAGCAGACUUAAAUGGCUAUAUCAUCCCAUCUCUUAUAUCAUCAAUGAAUGUUUUGAAAAAAUUAUUAAGUUCUCAGGCUGAAUCCACAUUGAAACGAAGAAUGUUUGACCCUAAUGUCUCUUACGAAGAGAAAAUGCUCUAUACCAUCCUAAAAAAUGAAAUUCGAUCGAUUUAUUUGGGUUUGAUCUUGGUCAGUGAAGACAAAAAUAAGUAUGUGAAUAUUCUCGAAUCGUUUCAAAAAUUGGGAUUCAAUGAUAUUGAUAUCCCCUUACCAGAAAAGCUUUUACCAAAAUCAAACAAAGAUAAUAUGUUGAAUCUGCAGAGUUCAACGAGUAAUAGCAUUGACUCCAAAAACCUAUCCGAAACUAAUUCUCACACCAAUUUGAGUUCACUUCAAGGAUCUGAAAGACAAUUUAGAUCACCCACUGAAAUAACUGUUGCUAAGACAGGGCCAAAAAUAGGUACAAAUAAUUUACACUUUCUUUCGUCUGGUUCAAAGAAUAGCUCCACCGAACUUGACAAGUCUGAUACUUCUCAGUCGCAUGUCAAACGGGAAGAUGUUGCUGCAAGCUUGUUCGAAAUUGCAAAUAAGCAAGUUAAAAGUGAAUAGGUAUUUUAAUCGUCUUUAAGGUCUUUACAUUAAUUCUAUAUUUCAUCUAUUCUGACUAAUUUGUAGCUACAAUCAAC